UCAAUGAAAAUGAUAACGUUAACAGAUUUGUACCAUGUGGUGACAGCAAUGGUACCACUUUACGUGGCUAUGAUAUUAGCAUAUGGUUCAGUGAAAUGGUGGAAAAUAUUUUCUCCCAAUCAAUGCUCUGGCAUCAACCGCUUCGUUGCUCUGUUUGCGGUUCCUUUACUUUCAUUCAAUUUCAUUGCCUCUAACAAUCCUUACAAAAUGAACCUUCGCUUCAUCGCCGCAGACACACUUCAAAAGAUCAUCGUUUUACUUGCUCUCACUAUUUGGACCAACAUGAGCAAAAAAGGUUGUUUAGAUUGGACAAUAACACUCUUCUCUGUUUCAACACUCCCAAACACUUUGGUGAUGGGAAUCCCUCUUUUGAAAGGCAUGUACGGUGAAUUUUCAGAGAGCUUGAUGGUACAAAUUGUGGUCCUUCAGUGUAUAAUUUGGUACACAUUUAUGUCAUUCCUGUUUGAGUACAAAGGAGCAAAAAUGAUCAUCUCAAAACAGUUUCCAGACACUGCUACUUCUGGUACUAUUGUUUCCAUUCAUGUUGAUUCUGAUGUCAUGUCUUUGGAUGGAAGGCAGUGUUUGGAAACACAAGUUGAAAUAAAACAAGAUGGGAAGCUUCAUGUUACAGUCAGGAAAUCAGAUGCUUCGAGAUCCGAUAUAGGGUCUCGUUCUCAAUCUCACAUAAUAAAUACAACAUCUCGAGCUUCCAAUGAUCUGACAAAUGCAGAGAUAUACUCCUCUUUGCAUUCAUCUACAAAUCCAACUUCGAGAGUGUCGUCGAGUUUCAACCAUACAGAUUUCUAUUCCAUGAUGGGUGGUAGUAGCCAUAAUUCAAAUUACUCAAGUGCUUCUGAUUUGAAAGAAACAAUUGAGACUGAGAUUUCUAAUUACGAUCAUUCAACGAAGAAAUACCUUAUGCCUAACCCUGAAAUGUUCUCUCCCGAGAAUGAGAGGACUCGAACUCAAAUAGCACAAAAAACAGAUGAUCUUCAUAUGUUUGUUUGGAGCUCAAGUGCUUCUGACGUGUCUGGUUCUCAUCAUGAAUAUGGAGGAACAAGAACUGGAGUUGAAGUUCAUCAAGAUAAAAAAAUAAAUAAAUUGGAAGGUGAAGAGGAGUACGUAGAAUUGGGGUAUGAAAAGAGAGGGGAAAUGAAUGAAAGUGAGGAAGGUGGAAAGGUGAACCCAAAAGCGAUUCCACCAGCAAGUGUAAUGACAAGGUUGAUAUUGACAAUGGUGUGGAGAAAACUCAUUAGAAACCCAAGCACAUAUUCUAGCAUCAUCGGCUUAACUUGGUCACUCGUUUCAUUCAGGUGGAAUAUUGAAAUGCCUACUAUCAUAGCAAAGUCUAUUUCCAUAUUAUCAGAUGCAGGGCUUGGCAUGUCCAUGUUCAGUCUUGGUUUGUUCAUGGGUUUGCAACCGAGGAUGAUAGCAUGUGGAAAUCGUGUAGCAGCUUUUUCUAUGGCCAUUAGAUUCCUUAUCGGUCCAAUUGUCAUGGCAAUUUCUUCCAUUGUUGUUGGUCUCAAAGGAACCCUCUUGCAUGUUGCCAUUGUUCAAGCGGCUCUUCCACAAGGAAUUGUCCCAUUUGUCUUCGCCAAGGAAUACAAUGUACAUCCUCAUAUUCUAAGCACAGGGGUAAUUUUUGGGAUGUUUGUUGCAUUGCCCACAACUCUCGUCUAUUACAUCUUGUUGGGGCUAUAAAUGGAUAUCAAAAUACUACUAGUAUAUGGUUGAAUGUUGAUACCAUGUGGUAUUCAUGCAAUUUCUUUUUUUUUAAUGGCAUUCAUGCAAACUUGUUUAAUUGUGGCUUCUAGAGCUAGAGCUAGAGCUAGAUCAAUAGAAAAAUAAUGUUGGGUGAAAUACAAGAAAAACAUCACCAUUGUUGAAGAAGAAU